CGCGCAGUCUAUAAGGUGCGGUGACUGCGAGUGCCAUCUGGGUGAUGGCUGCCGGCGUGCGUUCCCGGUUUGUCCUCCUCGGUUGCUGAGACUCCGCUGCUUCCCGGAGGUCCCAACCCUACCUGCCGUGUGCUCACCGCCUGGACCUCCCCGUCCCUGCUCCGCCCUGGUCUUCUGUGGAUGAUCCCGCGUCCCCGCGCGUCCCUGUCAUGGCCUUCCGCACCGCGCCGCUAGUUCCCCGGAGCCCGAGGCGUCCCGGACCACAGAUACCCGCGCGCAGCGUAUAGCAGUGACCAGCCCGGUGUCUGCCGCAGUUUACAGUAUUUAAUUUUAUAUAAUAUAUAUUAUUUAUUAGAGCGUUUGUGAUACCUCAUACUCAUUGUGUUUACACGCCUGAAAGCCACGCAGUAGUUGUUAGUUAAGGCCGCUGCUGUGAGGAUGGCGACCACCGCGACCACGCUGGUGGCCAGCACCGUGGCCGCUGGCCCGCUGGUGGACUACCUGUGGAUGCUGAUCCUGGGCUUCAUCAUCGCCUUCGUGCUGGCCUUCUCUGUGGGCGCCAAUGACGUAGCGAAUUCGUUCGGCACGGCUGUGGGUUCUGGGGUGGUGACCCUGAAGCAGGCCUGCAUCCUCGCUAGCAUCUUUGAGACUGUAGGCUCUGUCCUGCUGGGAGCCAAAGUGAGUGAGACCAUCAGGAAAGGCCUGAUCGAUGUAACCAUGUACAAAUCACGCCAGAAGCUGCUGAUGGCCGGAUCAGUCAGUGCCAUGUUUGGUUCUGCUGUGUGGCAACUAGUGGCAUCGUUUUUGAAGCUUCCCAUUUCUGGGACCCAUUGUAUUGUUGGUGCGACCAUUGGUUUCUCUCUUGUGGCAAAAGGGCAGGAUGGUGUCAAGUGGUCUGAGCUGGUAAAAAUUGUGUUGUCUUGGUUUGUUUCUCCACUGCUUUCUGGUAUCAUGUCUGGAAUUUUAUUCUUCCUUGUUCGGGCAUUCAUCCUCCGUAAGGCAGAUCCAGUUCCUAAUGGUUUGCGAGCUUUGCCAGUUUUCUAUGCUUGCACGGUUGGAAUAAACCUGUUUUCCAUCAUGUAUACUGGAGCACCUUUGCUGGGCUUUGACAAACUGCCUCUGUGGGGCACCAUCCUCAUCUCAGUGGGAUGUGCAGUUCUGUGUGCUCUUAUCGUCUGGUUCUUUGUCUGUCCCAGGAUGAAGAGGAAAAUCGAACGAGAAAUAAAGUCUAGUCCUUCAGAAAGUCCCUUAAUGGAAAAAAAGAAUAGCUUGAAAGAAGAGCAUGAAGAGGCAAAGUUGUCUCUCAGUGACGUUGAAAGCAGGAGUCCCAGUUCUGAGACAGGGCCUGCCACCAUGCCCCUGCGGGCUGUGGUGGAGGAGAGGACUGUCUCCUUCAAGCUGGGAGACUUGGAGGAAGCACCGGAGCGAGAGCGACUUCCCAGUGUGGACCUGAAAGAGGAAACCAGCCUGGACGGGGCCAUGAACGGUGCGGUGCAGCUGCCGAACGGGAACCUCGUUCAGUUCAGCCAGGCCGUCAGUAACCACAUCAACUCCAGUGGCCACUACCAGUACCACACGGUGCACAAGGACUCUGGCUUGUACAAGGAGCUGCUGCACAAGCUGCAUCUCGCCAAGGUGGGCGACUGCAUGGGAGACUCUGGUGACAGACCCUUGAGGCGCAACAACAGCUACACUUCCUAUACUAUGGCGAUCUGUGGCAUGCCUCUGGAUUCAUUCCGUGCCAAAGAAGGGGAGCAGAAAGGCGAGGAGAUGGAGAAGCUGACGUGGCCGAACACGGACAGCAAGAAGCGAAUUCGAAUGGACAGUUACACCAGCUACUGCAAUGCAGUGUCAGACAUCCACUCGGCCUCUGAGAUGGACGUGAGCAGCAAGGUGGAGAUGGGCCUGGGCGACAGGAAAGGGAGCGGCAGCUCUCUGGAAGAGUGGAACGACCAGGACAAACCAGAAGUGUCUCUCCUCUUCCAGUUCCUGCAGAUCCUCACGGCCUGCUUCGGUUCGUUUGCCCACGGUGGCAAUGACGUCAGCAACGCCAUUGGCCCUCUGGUUGCUCUGUAUCUGGUUUAUAACACAGGAGAUGUGAGUUCCAAAGAAGCAUCUCCAAUAUGGCUGCUGCUGUACGGUGGCGUUGGGAUCUGUAUCGGUCUGUGGGUCUGGGGGAGGAGAGUCAUCCAGACCAUGGGCAAGGACCUGACGCCGAUCACACCCUCUAGCGGCUUCAGUAUUGAGCUGGCAUCUGCCCUCACUGUGGUGAUCGCAUCCAACGUCGGCCUUCCCAUCAGCACCACACACUGUAAAGUGGGCUCUGUUGUGUCAGUUGGCUGGCUCCGAUCCAAAAAGGCUGUCGACUGGCGACUUUUUCGCAACAUUUUCAUGGCCUGGUUUGUCACAGUCCCCAUUUCUGGCCUAAUCAGCGCUGCUAUCAUGGCGGUCUUCAAAUACGUCAUCCUCUGACCCUGACCAGUGGCUUGGUGGGGCGUUGUCCUGCAAAGUGACAAGUUGCCAGUUCGUUUCCUGGUCAGGGCACGUCCCUAGGUUGCAGGUUCUGUCCCUGCUCAGGGCACGUGUAAAAGGCAACCGAUCAAUGUUUCUCUUCCUCUCUCUCCCUCCCCGCCUCUCUCAAAAAAUAAAUUUAAAAAAAUGUUAUCCUCUGAGCGGGAAGCCAUUUGAGAUGAGAACUAUGCCAUUGUUGGGCCACCUUAGCAUUCCUGCUUCUCUGAAUGACUGCAGUGUUACAGAAGACCCAGGACAAUCUUCAGAAUUUGGGAGCUGUGAGAAGUGUUACUUGUGCUACAGUUGCUUUUGUGCUAAAUAUGACUUGUCUCAAAAUUAGCUAUUUAAAUAGCCAGGUCUCCACUGGUUUCUAUUGGCUGUGACUUCCUGUACAUAUUUAUCUACUUUUUGUACCCAGCUGCAAUUCCAUUAUUAAUGAAGAUAACUUGUGAUUUUUUUUUAAUGCCAUUCAGAGCCAUUUGACAAUGUGCUCUGCUUGGCAGUGUCACCAGCUUCUGCCCAAACACGCACAGGGACUUAACAAAAAUGUACCUGAAGCUUCCCUUGUAGCCUCUUAGACAAAUAGUCCCUUGCACGCUGCCCUCCUGUCGGCAGUGGUGGGUCCUGCUGGUGUCUGUGGGAACUUGUGGAGGGACGAGGUUCUUGGGCACAGUGAGACUUUAAAUUAGUAAUUUCUUUGCAACCAAUUUACUGACUUGCUGCCACGAGGAGGUAGGAAUAAAAGCCUCUGGCAGUCGUGGUUGUUUCUUUAGGAUUUCCAGCAGUGUGGGAUGGAUGAAUGAAUGGAGUGUGAACUUUGGGCAAGUUAGAUGGGACAGCCUUUCAUGUUCAUCUGUCUACCUCUUAACUGAAUAAAAAAGCCUACAGUUUUUAGAAAA